CCUCACAUGCCGGCAUAGCAGGGUUUCUGCGUGCGCUCCCUUCCAUUGCUUCCCCUUCACCACUAAACCAGCUCCGCCGAGCCACUCAAUAAUGGACCCUCCGAUUCGUGACUCGGAGUCCAAACCUAAACCCCUCUCUGAAAACAAAGACGACGCCAACGUCGUCUUCAUCGACACCAACCUCGACACUCACUUGGCCGUCCUCGUUUCCGAUCACGAUACGGUCUCCGACCUCAAAGAGCGAAUUUUGUCAGAACACGCAUCAUGCUUUCCCAAACUUGGGCAGAUACAGAUUCAUGCAAUGAAGGUAAAGCGCAAAGGGUACUUUUAUCACCUAUCUGAUUCCAUGUUUGUAAAAAGUGCCUUCUAUGGUUUCAACAAGAGCUGGUUUCUUUGUGUGGAUGCUUCUCCAUUAGGCGAGUGUGGUCAAAAUGAUUGUUCUGGUUCUCGUAGCCAGAAGAUACUUCUUGGCAAUUCAGAUAAUGCCUUGACUGGUUUGAUCAAUGAUGAGAAAGAAGAACAUGAUUUUGUGAAUCCAUCUGAUAAAGCUGUUAAGGAUGAUAACGUUGUAUGCGAAGAUGAAAUGUCAAAAUCUGUGUCUAGUGCAAAGGAAAAACAGAAGAGUACAAGGAAAGAAGAUGAUACUCCGGAAUAUGAUGCUUCUGUUUUUAGGCCAGGCAAUGAUACUGUUCAAAGGGAGAUUGAGGUUAUGGCAGACUCUUCAUUAAAUGCAACUAAAGAAGUAAUAAUUGAAAGUGAAGUUCUAAAGAAGCAUCAGCACAAUGAAUUCAAUAAUAAUAACGCGACAAUUGGCAUUGGUACUGAGUCAAUGAAAGAGGCUUCUGACCUGUACGUGCUACAAAUAAGCAGAAGAAAAGAGAUUGAGGUUAUGGCAGACUCUUCAUUAAAUGCAACUAAAGAAGUAAUAAUUGAAAGUGAAGUUCUAAAGAAGCAUCAGCACAAUGAAUUCAAUAAUAAUAACGCGACAAUUGGCAUUGGUACUGAGUCAAUGAAAGAGGCUUCUGAACCUGUACGUGCUACAAAUAAGCAGAAGAAAAGUAAGAGAUCUUUGAUUCAUGAUGCUGAUGUUAUGCAGAAGAAAGGAAAGAAGAGAUCAUCAAAUUCUCAUGAGACACAUUUGACUUCAUUCAAGAAAGAUGCAGAAGCAUAUCCUUCCAACAUUCAAGGGGGUGUUGAAGAGGAAGUUUAUGAAGAUGGUAUAGUCUCUAAAGCUAUGUUACGAGAUUGGAAGGCUAUGCCUUAUGGAGGACUUUCCCUCACAGACGUGUUGAGAGAUAUCAGCAUGAGCAAACCUACGCUUGAAAAAAUGGAGAUUGGAACUGAUGCAUCCUUAGAAGGCAUUCCAUCUAAAGUAAACAACCGUACUGUUGUCGAAACAAAAUUACAACCUUCUGGUGUAAAGGAGCCAAAGGAACCCAAGCAGUUUGGUCUGACUGAUAGAGCUGAAGGAAGAAGAGAAGUAUUACAAGAUGAUCCUAAGCCAAUGCAAUUGGAAGAGUGUACACCAUCUGAACAGAAUAAUAACACUGAAGCAAAUAUCAAAGAAUCAAAUGUGGCUCCAAAACCUGUUGAUAUGAAUGAGAUGGGUAUUGGCCCUACUGAUGCUUCUGAUAGCAAGAUUGUUAUUGUAAAGUCUCUUAAAUCAUCUGAUUGUAAUCCAGCAUUGGGAGAUAUUGGAGCAGAGGAAAACCCUUUAAAUCAUACAGAAGUGGGAAUUAUACAGCAGGCAGAGAUGAAAGGCACUGUUGUUUCAGCUAUUGAAAAGGAUGAUGCUUCUGGAGCUGAUAAUCCUGGUUCCUUGGAACAAAUUGAAACUAUAGCCAAUGCUGAACAUGUGGACAAAACACGCAGAAAGAAAUCAAACAAGAAGCAAAGCACUAAAUCAAAGAGUUCAUCAAAUAUGCUGACAAACGAUGUUAAUCCAGCAUUGGGAGAUAUUGGAGCAGAGGAAAACCCUUUAAAUCAUAGAGAAGUGGGAAUUAUACAGCAGGCAGAGAUGAAAGGCACUGUUGUUUCAGCUACUGAAAAGGAUGAUGCUUCUGGAGCUGAUAAUCCUGGUUCCUUGGAACAAAUUGAAACUAUAGCCAAUGCUGAACAUGUGGACAAGACACGCAGAAAGAAAUCAAACAAGAAGCAAAGCACUAAAUCAAAAAGUUCAUCAAAUAUUCCUACAAAUGAUGUUAAUCCAGCAUCGGGAGAUAUUGGAGCAGAGGAAAACCCUUUAAAUCAUACAGAAGUGGGAAUUAUACAGCAGGCAGAGAUGAAAGGCACUGUUGUUUCAGCUACUGAAAAGGAUGAUGCUUCUGGAGCUGAUAAUCCUGGUUCCUUGGAACAAAUUGAAACUAUAGCCAAUGCUGAACAUGUGGACAAGACACGCAGAAAGAAAUCAAACAAGAAGCAAAGCACUAAAUCAAAGAGUUCAUCAAAUAUGCUAACAAACGAUGUUAAUGAUAGUCAGAAGCCAUCGCCAUCUUCUGAUAUUGGAACACUUGCUAGCCCUAAUGUGUCCCUGUUUCCAUCAAAUACUGCUGAAGGAAUUGACAACCUGGCUCCUGUUGAAGCUAAUGAUGCUGCUAAAGAUUCAACAUUUUCAUGUGAAGAGAAAGAUGAAAAGAAUUUGGAAGCAUCUUUGGAAGAUGACAGGGUUAAUGUUGAGCAACAGUCUCCAUCCCAGCAAGUGCAGCACAGAAGUCACCUUGAUAAGAUGGUACCAAAUGUGCGCAAGACAAAAAGAGACGCAAAGUUGUCUAGUCAGUCUAACAGUGAUAUAUCCUCAAUUAGAGAAAAAGGAAAGCCUCGAGCCAGUGCUCCCGGAAAAAGCAUGGAUUUAGCAGAGAUGGAAGGCACUGUUGUUUCAGCUACUGAAAAGGAUGAUGCUUCUGGAGCUGAUAAUCCUGGUCCUUUGGAACAAAUUGAAACUAUCGCCAAUGCUGAACAUGUGGACAAGACAGGCAGAAAGAAAUCGAACAAGAAGCAAAGCACUAAAUCAAAGAGUUCAUCAAAUAUGCUAACAAAUGAUGUUAAUGAUAGUCAGAAGCCAUCACCAUCUUCUGAUAUUGGAACACUUGCUAGCCCUAAUGUGUCCCUGUUUCCAUCAAAUACUGCUAAAGGAAUUGACAACCUGGCUCCUGUUGAAGCUAAUGAUGCUGCUAAAGAUUCAACAUUUUCAUGUGAAGAGAAAGAUGAAAAGAAUUUGGAAGCAUCUUUGGAAGAUGACAGGGUUAAUGUUGAGCAACAAUCUCCAUCCCAGCAAGUGCAGCACAGAAGUCACCUUGAUAAGAUGGUACCAAAUGUGCGCAAGACAAAAAGAGACGCAAAGUUGUCUAGUCAGUCUAACAGUGAUCUAUCCUCAAUUAGAGAAAAAGGAAAGCCUCGAGCCAAUUCUUCCGGAAAAAGUAUGGAUUCAGCAGAUCAUCUUCCAAUAUCAAGCCCAACGAUGAAAGGUUCCAAGAAAGUGAUUCACAAGAAAGCAGGAAAAUCUUUAGUGAAUAAUGCCAGGGAAGUAAAGGGUAAAACAAAUCAGAAGAAGAGUUUGUUAUCAGGAGCAAUCUUCAAAGAUGAUAGCAGUGACACUUCUAAAGAUGCAGAUAAAGUUGAUAUGUCUGAUGCCAGCACUAAAAGUCCAUCUGCAAAUUCACUCUUGUCUGAUUUUUCAGAUGGUGAUAUCAGCGAAGAUUCACAUGGUGGGAAAAGACUGGAAAGUGGCGAACAAAAUGAUUUUAAUGGAAGCAUGUCAACCAUUAAAGGGAAGCCGAUUGAUCAUGUUUUCAGAAGUUCGAGCAGGUAUAAGAAGGCCAGAAUAACGGCAUCUCAGUUGGAAGAAUCUGAAAGCCAACCGGAGUUUGUUCCAGAUAGCCUUGCUGAGUAACAUGUAAUCUCAAGUUUCAGCUGAAAAGGGCAGAAGAAACACCACUUAACCACAGCACUGUGGUCCUUUUUAGUGUUCUAUUUUUACUUAUGGAUCAUGCAUCUAGUUGCCUCCAUUUUUUGUUGCUGCUGAUACUGGGUUUAAUUUAAUUCCUUUUUUGCUUCUCAGCAUCUUUCCAAACACAAAUUGAUGUUGAAGUUCUUCACUAUUGUUACCUGUGCUCUCUUUUGUCAAAAAUACUUCAAAUUUAUUGAUAUAUGAUGCAAGAUGUUAUGAGCCAUUUGCAAACCA